AUGGCGACGUCGAUCAACUUCGGCCGCCAGCGACGCCCUCAGCCGCAACUGCCAUCAGACAGCGAAAUCAUCGACGCUUGCGACAGAAAUCCCCCCUGCGAUGAGAAUGGACUUCGCCUUAAAGGAUUGAUGUAUCCUCCUCAAGCCCCAAUCUUCUGGAUCAAAUAUGGACUCCAGUCGGAAGGUAGAGACGCCGAGGCGCGAACCCAAGAUUUUGCUUUCAGAGCUCUUGAGCAGAUACCGCAGUCAGAUAGAGAAGGCAUUCGGAUCCCUGAGAUUUACCGCAUUUUUACAGACGAACACCCCUCUGGAAAUUCCAUGGUGUACAUCGUCAUGGGGUAUGUCCCCGGGAAAACGCUUCUGCAGAUUCUACGCGAUACCCCAGACAGCAAAAGUGUGGAACACUUGUAUGAUCGCAUAGCCAAGGCGAUCAAGCUAUUUCUUACCUUCAAAGUUCCCGAUGAUGCCACUCCGGGACCAUACAAAGGUGGAAUUAUUAGGCACCCACUCUUCAAAGAUUAUGAAGCCGCCAUUGAAUACUCGUCAGUUGCCCAAUUGCAACAUCACAUAAACAAGGUUGCUACUAUGAUACGCAGAGACCAACCAACGGUUGACUUUUCAGAAGAGAAGCUAUGCUUCUGUUUCUCGGAUCUCUACGAGGGGAACUUUCUUUUCUCGGAUAAUGGCGACCUCUAUGUGCUCGAUUUCGAGCAGGCGAGCUUUCUGCCGAUUAGCUUCAUGACUUACGCACUCAUUCAGGAUCGCCAGGUUUGUGCUGCUAUCGAGGAUAAAUUGAGCCUCCCACAAGGAAAUCUUCCUGGUAUGAUAAAGGCCGGUUCAUAUUUUAUUAUGAGUACGCAUACAAUUGGACUUCCUUUAGAAUGA